CCAUUUUCCCACCCAUGGAUGUGAGAAACAUGGAGCUGAGGUGGUUCCGUACCACGUUCACGGAGUCUGUGUUCGUGUAUCGGAACCAGCGGGAGCAGACAGAGGAGCAGACGGCUGAGUAUGCAGGGCGGACCUCACUGGUGAUGGACCUUCUUGCCCAUGGGAAGGCUGCCCUGAACAUCCACAAGGUCCGGGUUUCUGACAAUGGGAUGUAUAACUGCUUCUUCAAGAUGGGAAGUUUCUCUGAAGAUGCUAGCUUGGAACUGCAGGUGGCAGGGGUGGGCUCUGCCCCUCAAGUGCACAUCCAGGGCCCGGAAGAGGAUGGCGUCCGUGUGGUAUGCAGGGCCUCCGGGUGGUUCCCAAAGCCCCAGGUUCAGUGGCGAGACGUCAGUGGGAAGAAGAUCUUGGCAUUCUCUGAGGCCCACAUGCAAGAUGCUGACCUGCUCUUCAGCGUGGAGGCCACCGUGGUGGUGAGAGAGGCCUCUGUGGGGAAUGUGACCUGCUCCGUCCUCAACCCCGUCCUGGGCCAGCAGAAGGCCAUGGCCAUUUUCAUCCCAGAGCCCUUCUUCCCACAGGCCUCUCCCUGGAAGGCAGCGUUUGCUGUGAGCCUGAUUGUGAUGGGGCUCCUACUCUUUGGGGCUGGCUAUUUUCUGCACAGAGAACAUUCUGGAAAGCUGCAAAUACAGCAGACACAGAAGAAUCUGAGGCUGGCUAAGGAGGAGGAUAGGAGGAUAAAAGAGCAGGCACAGAAGGCAAAGGAUGAGCUCCAGGCAGAGCUGGGUCAGAGGAAGGCAGCUUACGAGGCUGCCUGGAGGAAGGCACAGCUGUACCCGGACUGGCGGAAGGAACAGUUCCAGCCUUUGUCUGUCACUCUGGAUCCAGGAUCUGCCCACAGACACAUCAGCGUCUCUCAUGGAAAGACAAGUCUCACCUGCGAGCAACCGAAUUGGUUUGACAUUUGCAGCGUGUUGGGCCAUGAGGGCAUCACGGCAGGAAGGUGGUGCUGGGAGGUGGAGAUUACGAGUGGAGAGAGCGGCCAGUGGGCCCUGGGGGUGUGCAGGGAAGAUGCCAACAGGGCAGGCUGGUAUCGAGAGAUGGUGGACAAGGGGUUCUGGGUUGUGGGAUGGGUGAGAACUGGACACUUCACUUAUGAUAAAUCUAACUCUGUGGUUCCUGGCGAGCCAUCUGAGGCCUGCUGGAGGGUGGGGGUUUUCCUGGACUACAGUGAAGGGGACCUCUCCUUCUAUGACAUGACUGCGGGGUCCCACAUGUUCUCUUUCCCGCAGGCUCCCUUUUCUGGGACUCUCUUUCCAUACUUCAGCUUUAAAGGUGGAACUGUGUCUUUGACCAUCUGCCCCCCUGAGAGUGGUUCUUUGUGGCACCCUGCACAGUUUGACAACAAUUGUCCUUCUUUGAAGGAGACCCUGAAGUCCUCUGGGGAAGGACUGGGCUUUGGCUCUGAGGAGGGUGAAGUUGCACCAGGGGCAGACUCUCCCUUACUCUCCAGGGACCUGGGGGCUAUGAUCCCAUAGAGUCCCUGGUGUCCUUGUGCCCUUGGGCUGUUCCUGGGUCUGCAGGCUCUCUCUUGUAAAAGACCCUGAAUCAAGCCUGGCUGCCUCACUAGCUUCCUGCUCUGGGUUCAGACUCCGUGGUGCGUGGUCUAAGAGUCAUCAGCUCCUGUUUUUUUGUACAUAAGGAAGAUAAGAGUGGACUGUUGCUGGAAUUGGUUUGGGAUGCUGACCCUAACCACAGUUCUUGUAGAUAGCAGUAGGUAUUGAAAUGUCUCUCAUGGAGGUCUCUGUUAUUUGUAUAGAAAAAGCAGUGCUGAGGGCCCCAUUGUGCAACACCAAGGGGAGGUCACUUUAUUGGUCUUGAGUAUGGUAGAUGGACCCUGAGGCUGACUGAGGGCUGGGCCCCAUCUCCUACAGAUUUUAUCUCUCUAAACCUGAAGCUUUGGUAGCCACACAUUUCCAGGGAUGUGAAUGAGCAAUCAAAUUUCACAGGAGAUGAAUCUAACACUCAAAGCCUUAUGCUUUCUUUGGAUGACGCCUAUUUUUCUAAACCUCAGUGUAUUUUUGUCACUAGUGAGAGAGUUGUUCUGUGUUAACCCCAAACAGUUUACCCUGAGGGUCACAUGGGAGGUAUGUUUGUUUACAUACUGAGCAUCCUGAGUGUUCCCUGGGCAGGUGUCAUUUCAACCAGUUGGUUUUCAUAAGGAUACUGUGGUAUGUCUAUUUGUUUUAUAUGAACUACAUUUUACAUACUUUUAAAAAUUUAGAAUGUAUUCACUUUUGAGGUUUGUUUCUAGUGAAAUCUAAUAGUUCUGUUUAUUUUCUCAUAUUAAUUCAUGUUUAAUUUGAUUUUUAAUUUUUUGGUACCUGGGACUCACAACCUAGACAGGUGCUUAUGCUGCUGAGCUAAAUCCCUGGCCCUCAUGUUUAAUUUGUGAAAAAUAAUUGUUUUGAAUAUUUUUGAACAUGGGACAUUGUCUCACUACAGACGAUUUUGUGUUUUGAGAGUCUCGCUGAGAAGUUCAGGCUAGCUUUGAACUCAUCACAUAUCCUGCCCUGGCCUCCAACUCAUGACAAUCUCUUGCCUCAGCCUCCUGAGGGUUGGGAUUACAGGUGUGCUCCACAUGCCCAACUACUACAGACAGCUUUUAUUCAUCUCCUGAACUCAGUGGUAUUCUUUUGCAACACAAAAUGGACACCUUCAGGACCCUGAGACCGAAUAGGAAGUGCAGAAGCAACACUGAAAAGGGAAAUGUCAGCAUAUCAUAAAAGUUGCAGUGAUCUUCCUGCCUCAGCCUACCCAGUUCUGGCAUUACAGGCUUGUGCCACAACUAGCUGUAGCUUUAUUUUGAGCCAGGAUAUUGCUAACUUGCCCAGAGAGGACUUGAGCUUUUCGUCCUCAUGCCUCAGCGUCACAGGACCUCGGAGUAGAGCUUUAUGCCACAAUGCCUGGCCUACUAAGUUUUUUUUUAAAUGUACCCCACAGGAAUGUCCAAAAGGCCCCACUGUGCUCACUUUUGGUGAAGUAAUAAGAAAUAGAGGCUCACAUGAUCAGAAAUGUCAGUGUCCCAAUAGCAGUGUGUUAGGCUAUAUGUUGAAGAAUUCAGAAUGGCUGUGAGUGUGCCAGUGAGCUGCAGGAUCACAGUAGUUGAAUGCUGAAACUCACUCCAGAGCCAUCAGUGUGAGUCUGUAUGAAAGCUGAAGAGCCUGUGUUGGAGGUUGGAGCCUGCUGCAAGCCUGCGGGACCUGGAGACCAACAUGUGAUGGCAAAGGUGAAGACUGCAGCUCCUCUGAAUGGAGACUUCCUUCUUCCCGUUUUUUAUUCCAUCUGAGCUACAAAUCUAUUGGUUAAUGCCUCCCACAUCUGGGCUAGGCCCUGCCCCUCAGUUUGCUGGCCUACCUGUCAAUCAUCUAGGAACACACCUGGGAACUCACUAACCUGUUAAAGCUCCUCUUUUACAAGUCAAGUUGACAUAUCAUGAUUGAAGUUCACACUGUCCCAAUAAGUAUUUUGUCCCAACUUCCUGAAACAGCUUCUACCACUCUUAAAAUUUCCUGACAAUUUUGAAAGAAGAGCAUUUUGUUAUUCAUAACAAGUGUCUUUCACUUCUUAUGAGUUUAUGUUAAUGAAGUGACUUUUGGAAAGUUCCUAGACAACCCGAGGGUGGGCCAGGUUGUCAGGGGAAAUAACUUUGAGACUAGAGACCUGUAACUGAGGCUAAAGAUAGUGCUGGAGGUAGUUUAUUAAUUCCCAAGAGUCAAGGAUUUCAUCAAACAUGUCUACAUACUUCCAUAAGCAAAAAUCUGAAAGGACUGGAUUGCAGGAGUUUCUGGGUGGACAAACAGGAAUGCAGCCCUGUGUGGGGACAGACUGUCUGGGGAGUGAGCUUUGUCUGACCUUCCUCGAUGUACACUUUCAUCUCAUGAUGCAUUUGUGUCCUUUUCAGUAUCUUUUAUAAUAAACUGGUCAACAAGCCAUGUA